AUGUUGAACACAGCUCAAGGAAUUCCUGCACAUUCAUGCACAUUCCUGCAUAUUCCUGAACAGNCAUAUUAUUAUUCACCUACUCUUUCAUUAGCAGAUUUUUAUCAUGUUCAAUAUUCAACAUCAGUUGAUUUAAGUAGCAAUGUUAUUAUUACGGUUAUUCCUAAUUUAGGUUGUUCAGAUGAUGAUUGGAUUUCAGCACGUCCAUAUCCUCUUGGUAUUGUAGCACUUGUUAAACGAGGUGAUUGUACUUUUGAAAGUAAAGCUCGUCUUGCAAGUAAAUACAAUGUUGCUGCAUUAUUAAUUUAUAAUGAUGGUACAACAUCUAGCAAUAUGCAAUCUAUUUAUAUAAAUCUUGGUCAAAAUAAUCGUGUACCAGCACUUUUUCUUUCAUAUAAUGUUGGUCAAUCACUUGCCACUGCAGCAAGUGAUCCAUCAAAAAUUACAACUGUUCGUCUUACGAUUGUGACUGAUAGUGCAUGGAAUCCUGUUGGAAAUAUUUGUGCAGAUACGUUAACAGGUGAUCCAACUCAAACAAUUAUUAUUGGUAGUCAUAGUGAUAGUGUUACUGCUGGUGCAGGUAUUAAUGAUAAUGGCAGUGGUACUGCAGCUAAUCUUGCUUUAGCUACUACUCUAUCAUAUCUUUUACAAACAUCAGAUUAUGUUCCUUAUAAAUAUCGUAUUCGAUUUUGUUGGUGGGGUGCUGAAGAAUUAGGUCUUCUUGGUGCCAAUUUUCAUGUAUCAGAAGCAAAGAGAUCAACUGUAGUUGGUGAACGAGUAAACGACUAUUUGGUUAAUAUUAAUUUGGAUAUGUUAGGAUCACCAAAUUUUAUAUUCGGUAUUUAUGAUGGUAAAACAGCUCCGAGUGCUGCUCCAGCAGCUGCUAAACCCGGAAGUAAUAAAAUGACAACAUUAUUUCAAGAUUGGUUUAUUGGAAAUAAAUUUCCUUGGGAUUAUACAUACUUCGAUGGUCGUAGUGAUUAUGGUCCAUUUUUAGCUGCGGGUGUAGCUGCAGGCGGACUCUUUUCAGGAGCCGACGCAUUAAAGACAGUAGAACAACGUAGUCGAUACGAUGCUAUGCUGGGAGCAGGCUUUGGUGGAACUUCAGGAAUUCGACAAGAUAAAUGUUAUCAUGAAUCGUGUGAUACAACGAGUAAUAUCAAUAAAUUUGCUCUUGAUAAAAUGGUGCAAGCAACUGCAUAUGCUAUUGAAAGUCUUGGUCGACAACCUGAGUUAGCAAGUUGGUUAUAUCCUGCUAGAGAAAUUCAAGAGCUUGAAAGACAAACACCACAGCAAAAAUUUGAAUACAAUUCCAUUAAUGAAUAUUUUGGACUACCUUAUAACUAA